CUCCGUGGUACUUAAAUGGAGUUGGUGCCUGAAAGAUGUGAAGUACGAGCUUCGCACUGCAGCCGGAGCGCCCGGUGCGUGCCAAACACCGAAGGAGAAGCGAGAGAAGAAAGAGGGGAAAGAAAGAGACAGCAGGAGAGCAGAGGACUGAGCUGCCCUCUGUACUCAUGGAUCAUAAGGAUAUCUAAUCAUUCGCCCUCGGGAGCGCACAGACACCGCAGUCCAUGCCUCUGCCUUGCCGGGUCAUUGAUGGGAAACCAACUGGAUCGGAUCACCCACCUCAACUACAGCGAGCUGCCCACGGGGGAUCCGUCCGGGCUGGAGAAGGACGAGCUUCGGGUCGGCGUCGCCUACUUCUUCUCUGACGAAGAGGAGGAGGUGGAUGACCGCACUCCGUCCGACUGCGGCUUCACCAAGGACCACAGCCCGGCCGAGGAGGGACCCUUCUCGGUCAGUGAAGUGGAGUACUCGGCCUUCUGCUCCCAGGAAUGCAUCUUCUCCAAGCUGCGGGAAAACGAGGACCUGAACGUGUACUCGGCCAAAACUUUGCUGACCAUGUGCAAGCCGGGGGAUCUGCUGGAGCUGGUGGCCACCGCGCAAGCCCCCCACUGGGUCAUUUACCAGCGUGACGACCAAGUUAUUCACCUGCACAAGGGCGAAAUCCGCAGGGACAGCCUGCUGGAGAUCAGCAACGGUCGGCACGGAAGAAUAGUCAACAAUCGGUACCGAUUCCGGCCGCUUCCUCCGGACCUGGUGAUGCAGAACGCUUCGGGACACCUAGGGCUGAGGAGUGAGGAGAUUUGUUGGACCAACUCUGAAAGUUUCGCUGCCUGGUGCCGCUUCGGGAAACGGGAAUUCAAAGCAGGCGGGGAGGCGCACUCUGCGGAGCAGCAGUAUUUCCUCAAAGUGCACCUGUCCGGCAGCGGGGUGCACACUCUGGUCUUUCGGAGUCUGGAGGACAUGAUCCGCGAGCGGCGGAGAGUGGACGCCAGUGGAAUUCUUAAGGAGCUCUCUUUGGUGACCGGAGACAAGGACUGAUCAGGAAUUCCGUUUGAUAUCCUCCACCUCCAGUCACCGAGGCGCACGGACGCACGCUUUACUGGCGCACCCACUAAACAGGACCCUCACACAUACGCAUACAAUUAAGUUCCGCCAGAAGCGCACGUAUGAAUUAGGACCUGUUGUUUUGGGACUGGCUGUUCGUUGAGGACGGACCCCGAGAUGCACUGUGGAUUUCCCAAUAAAAUGGAGAGUACUGAGAAACGAGGGAGCGCGGCCAUAUAAACAGACAACGCCCCGUAUGGUUAGGACGCGUGCUGAGUGGCGCACACGAUUUCUAAUCAACCCCAUUAACACAGAACAAGCAAAAUCACCUUUACACGGCGCACACGACUCGGUUUGAUUUCUUUGAUUUCCGAGGGACGGGGACAAAAAAAAAAA